AUGGCAAACAGAGCUAUGCCUCUGCUGUCAUGCUGGAGCACCACUGAUUUUGCACUGUUACUUAUGAUUAUCCUUCAGUUGAUUUCCUCAGGCUGGCAGGGUUUCACAUCACCACUAUUCACUUCAUCAGCAAAAGAUACUGAAGAUGAUUAUGCGACUAUUUCAGAUGAAGCUUACAAUGUGGAACGUGCUUAUGGUAUUUCAUCCAAGCCAAGCACUAAUGAAGAGCAAUAUGCUGAAGCUAGUGGGCCCAGAUAUUUAGAAUUGAAACCAGCAGUUGUGGGAGAACAAUAUGCUGAAGCGAGCGAUCCAAAAUAUUUAGAAAUGGGACAACGAAACAUGGAUGGUACUUACGUUAACGUCUCAAAGAAACCAGCUGACAUGGAUGGUACUUACGUUAACAUCUCAAAGAAGCCUGCUGAUGAUACUUAUGCUAACGUUUUGAAGAAACCUAGUGGUUACCAGUGAAGGUCUAUGUUCUUCAGAUGAACAAAAGGAACCUAGAACCUUCCAGAACCGAAUG